AUGAGUGUAAUAGAACCUUUAUUAUUUGAACACAAACCUCAUCAAAAAAUUGGUUUUGAAGAUAAAAUUAAAUUCUCACCAAAAGCAAUUGAUGAAUUAGUAAAUAAAUUUAAAACAUUAAAACAAAAUGAAGAAGAUAAUCCAAAAAUUAAAAAAUAUAUUAAGAAAUAUGGUAUUAUUUUACCAUUUGAAAAUUGUAGAUGUUCACUAUUUCAAAUAUUAUCAGAAAAAGUGGAAUUAAAAGGUCAUUGUGGUAAUAUUAUUUAUUUAUUAUCAAUAUUUGAACAAUUUUUAGAAUUAUUAGAUCAAUUUAGUGAGAUGGCAUCAAAAUCGGCAAGGGAACGUGUUUCAUUCCUAAUGAUUGAAAAGAAGAUUGAAGAUAUUGAAUUAACUCAUGAGAAAUUCAAAGUGUUGGCAUCAAAUAUUAUUGAUUCCAUAAAAAAUGGUACAACACCAUUGGAGGAGAACGGUAUCGUUCAAUUGAAUUCAUCAAAAAUUAAAACCAGAGUUAAAAAGAAUUUAUUGGUUGGAUUGGCAUCGACCAGUACUAUUUUUGGUGUUGCUGCCAUUUCAGUUGGUAUUGUUUUAGCACCAUUCACGGGUGGCAUUACAUUAUUAUCAACUAUUGCUGGUAUUAGUACAAUUGUUGCUGGUGCCGCCACAACUGGUUUAGGUACAAUUACAGCUAUAGCCGGUACAAGAUAUUUUAAUCAAAAGGAAAUUGAUAUCACCAAAUCAAUUCAAGCCUUGGAAAUGUUAGCUAGUCAAGUAGAAGUAUUGGCCGCAUCAAUUAGUAAAAAUCAAAAUAUUAAAACUCAAUUAGAUGAAGAUUUUGAACAAUUGAUUCAAAACGAAUUGGAAUUCUUAAAUUUAUUCUGUGGUAUUUGCUACGAAAUCUUAAAGGAUCCAGUUAUCAUACCAUUACCAAAUAACAAUAGAGGUCAAUAUGAAAUCUAUUGUAGAUGUUGUAUAACUGAUUGGAAUAGUUCUGCUUCAACUUUACCAAAAUCAAGAUUACCUUUUAAAAUUUCUGAUUUCCAAGAACCUGAUUUUAGAACUAAAGGUGAAGUUCUCAGAUUUACUGAUUUAGUUAAUCAAAUGAAUUUAAGAAUUUCAAAAAUUAUUGAUACUCAAAAAAAUGAAAAACAAUUUGGAUCAUCAUCUAAUCUUACUAAAACUAAUUCAAAUACUCUUAUAAAUAAAUAA